GCCCAGUGGGCUGUGAAAAGCGCCGUGAAUCGGAUCGGCGGGGAAUAUACUAUAGCGGAAACAUGUUGAUCGCUUUGCUGGGUACUCCUCUCUUGCUGUUGGGGGUGUGGCUGCUCCUCCAACGGCUCAAUCGGACGUACUUUAUCCUCUCGCUGACCAGGCGAGUGCGCACCGAGGAUGGCAGUCCGCUGGAGAGCAAGGUGGCCGUAAUGCCGGGCACAACGCGUUUCGGCAACAAUCUGGACGUUCUCAACUGUACACCCUCCAGUUUGUUCAAUUUUUUGCGAGACUCCGCGGCCAAAGCUCAGGGCAGGAACUUUUUGUGGUACUUUCUGUUUGCCCCGAUGUACAAUGUUAUUAGAGCCGAGGAGGCCGAGGAGAUAUUCCAGAGCACCAAACUGAUAACAAAGAAUGUGAUCUACGAACUGCUAAGACCCUUCCUGGGAGAGGGUCUUCUAAUAAGCACAGAUCAGAAAUGGCACUCCAGACGCAAGGCAUUGACGCCCGCCUUUCAUUUCAAUGUUCUGCAAUCAUUUCUGGCCAUCUUCAAAGAGGAAUGUAACAAGUUGAUCAAAGUGCUAGACAAAAAAGUUGACGGGGAACUGGAUCUUAACCAGGUCAUUCCGCAGUUUACUUUAAAUAAUAUUUGCGAAACCGCUCUGGGCGUCAAGCUGGAUGACAUGUCGGAGGGCAAUCAAUAUCGAAGAGCCAUCCAUGCCAUUGAAGAAGUCCUGAUUCAACGCGUCUGCAAUCCGCUUAUGUUCUACAACUGGUACUUUUUCUUGAUCGGCGACUACCGGAAGCAGGUACAGAACCUGCGGAUAGUCCACGACUUCUCCAGUCGCAUCAUCGAGCGCAAGCGACAGCAGUUCAAGCGGAAGCAGCUCGGAGUCGUGGAUGAUUUUGGGAAGAAGCAGCGGUACGCCAUGCUGGACACCCUCCUGGCGGCUGAGGCGGAGGGGCAGAUCGAUCAUCAGGGCAUCUGCGAUGAGGUGAACACCUUCAUGUUCGAGGGCUACGACACCACCUCCACGUGCCUCAUCUUCACUCUCCUGAUGCUGGCCCUCCACGAAGAAGUUCAGGAGAGGUGCCUGGAGGAGGUGUCUACCCUGCCCGAGGACACGGACUCCAUCAGUGUGUUUCAGUUCAAUGAACUGGUAUUCCUCGAGUGCGUGAUCAAGGAGUCCCUGCGCAUGUUUCCUUCGGUUCCCUUCAUUGGUCGUACAUGUGUGGAGGAGUGUGUUGUGAAUGGCCUCAUCUUGCCGAAGGACACGCAAAUCAGUAUCCACAUCUAUGACAUCAUGAGGGAUCCGCGUCACUUUCCGAACCCGCAUGAGUUCCAACCAGAACGAUUCCUUCCCGAAAACACAGUCGAUCGUCAUCCCUUUGCCUUUGUGCCCUUCAGUGCCGGACAGAGGAACUGCAUUGGACAGAAGUUUGCCAUUCUGGAGAUCAAAGUACUCCUGGCUGCUGUUUUGAGGAACUUUAGGAUUCUGCCAGUCACUCGAUUGGAGGAUCUAACCUUUGAGAAUGGCAUUGUGAUGAGGACACAGCAGAAUGUAAAGGUUAAGUUGGUGCGAAGGUAGAGGAGAAUUGCGAAAACUUCAUUGCCAAAGAUAGUACCAAAAAUUAAUUAUAAAUGAAUUAUAAUUAAAGUAAAUUUUUUCUUAUUCAAACUUCA